CGCUGCGUUGGGCUGGCAAUGCUGUCGUGUGACAGCAGCGGCGGCGGUGGCGCCCAGACGCAGCGAUGAAAUGUAGCUAACAGCAGCCCUGCAGCUGGGAAGCAGGCGGGCACCAGGCCGGUUUGAAAUGCGUUGACUUCCCGAGCUGUGGCGGGUUGUUUUUUUUUCUCACCCCCCCUCCACGACCAGAAUCCACCCGGCUUGACUUUUUCCACUCGGCGGCGUUCAAUAACUCGGAAGCGCGAUUCCCUCGUUGCUUUGCCGGGUCCUCUCUGCGGUUUGCUGCAUCCUCCGCGCGCCCAAGGAUGGCGGAGGCUGAAUUGCACAAGGAAAGGCUGCAAGCGAUUGCAGAAAAAAGGAAAAGGCAGACGGAAAUAGAAGGGAAGAGACAACAGCUCGAGGACCAGAUUCUUCAGCUGCAGCAUUUCAAGUCAAAAGCUCUUCGGGAAAAAUGGCUGAUGCAGGGAAUUCCUGCAAGUUCUCCGGCCGAGGAAGAAGCCAGGAAGAGACAGUCAGAAGAAGAUGAGCUGAAAGUGAAAAAGCUUGAAGGCAACAUCCAUAGAUUAGAACAAGAAAUAGGAAAGCUUGAAUGUGAAGAAUCCCAAAUAUCUGCCAAAGAACAGAUCAUCUUAGAGAAACUAAAAGAGACAGAAAAAUCUUUUGAGGAUUUACAAAAGAGUUUUUCACACCAAGAUGGAGAUGCAGUAAAUUACAUUUACUCCCAGAUCCCUGAACUCACAACUCUCUAUUCACAAGCAACAGAGACUGUUCCUGGGAAAGACAGAACAAGCAGGGUAACUGCUUUGUACAGCAUGGAAAUUAAUGUGGAGAAAGACAAACAAACUGGAGAGACCAAGAUUCUCUCUACGUCCCCCAUUGGCCCCGAGGCUGCCCGUCAGAGAGGAAUCAAAGUCUAUGAUGAUGGUACCAAAGUAGUCUAUGAGAUGCAUUCUGGAGGCACGGUGGUAGAAAACGGAGUACAUAAGUUAAGCUCAAAGGACGUAGAUGAACUUAUUCAGAAAGCAGGGCAAUCAAGCAUAAAAGGAGGGGCUCUAUCAAUAGUGGAUGGAAACCUCAGCCACAUGAAGGAACAAAUUCUUUUUAAGGAAGCAAAACUAGAGAUGGUGCACAAAUCCGGCAAAAGACUUUCCGGGAAUCCUCCACACCAAGUAAAACUUUCUGGGGAUGAAAUCCCAGAAGCCAGCUCAGAUCACCCAGUAACAAUGAUAUUUAUGGGUUAUCAAAAUAUUGACGAUGAAGACGAGACCAAAAAGGUAUUGGGCUAUGAUGAGACAAUCAAGGCCGAACUGGUCCUUAUUGAUGAAGAUGAUGAAAAAUCAUUACGUGAGAAGACAGUGACUGAUGUGUCGACCAUGGAUGGAAAUGCUGCUGAGUUAGUUUCUGGGAGGCCCUUGUCAGACACAACAGAGCCCUCUUCCCCGGAGGGAAAAGAAGAAAGUUUACCAAUGGAGAAAGUCCCAGAGGCAGAGAAAUUUGUCAUGUGGUCUGAAAAUACCAACGAAAGCCCUCAAGUGAAAGCAACAGCUUUGAAAUCAGCUACAUGCUAUGGAGAUGACAUAAAGUUAAGAGAAGAGAAAGACCACUAUAGUGCCAAUUUUUUGGAGUCUGCUAGUAAUUGCACAACAGAAGAAGACGAAAUGGAAAUUGAAGCCCUUGUUUCAGAACAUAGAGACAGCAUAGUCGGGACCUCAACAUGUGCAACAGACAAUCAAAGUCACUUACUUUCACCAGUUGCCAGUCACAAUGGACUGAAAGAACGACAUGAAUCUUUGGACAGUGAGGUUGCUAAAGAGAUCAGAUAUCUUGAUGAGGUGCUAGAAGCAAAUUGUUGUGAUUCCGCUUCUGAUAACCCCUUCAAUGGGAUGGCUUCCCCUUCUCCUGAGAGAAGUGUACCUGUUGUUGUGGAUGCUUCUAGUCCAUCUGUUCAUAUCACUAAUGAUUUCCCAGUACUCAGUGAGCGUAAUGGCAUUCAAGUCGGUGGACAAGCACUUCCAACCCUUGAGCACAGUGGAAUUAAUACAGCCUCUGGGAAACUAAAACCAAAUGGCCAUUUUGUAGAGAUACUGCAAGAGGAACCCUGCGACACUUUGAAAGUGCCAGUGAGCCCAUGCUCUUCCACAAGCUCAAGGUCUUCCAAGGAUGGGGAGUUAACAUUAGCUACCAUUAAGAAAGAAGCCAAGUUUGAGCUUAGAGCAUUUCAGGAAGACAAAAAGCCAUCUAAGCUUUUUGAGGAAGAGAAUCCAGGAGAGAAUUACAGAGUGCGUAAAGUGAGGCCCUCCGAUGAAAUAAUAGAAUUGGAAAAGGAGAGACGAGAGCUCAUCCGAAGCCAGGCUGUCAAGAAAAAUCCAGAAAUAGCUGCAAAGUGGUGGAAUCCACCCCAAGAGAAAACAUUAGAGGAACAGCUGGCUGAAGAACACUUGGAGUCUCACAAAAAGUACAAAGAACGCAAACAGAGACAACAGCAACAGCAGCAGCAACCACCAUCAAUGCCUGUAAAGCAUGCCUCCUAUUCCUAUGCACCAUCAGAUUCAGCUGAUAAAAAUCAAAAACUUGAUAUUGUCACAGAACAAAUAGAUUUCUCAGCUGCUCGGAAACAAUUUCAGUUAAUGGAAAAUUCAGAUCAGCAAAACAAUUCAGCUGCCCUGAAGCGAUCAGGGACCCCUAAAAUGUUCACUAUCCAACCAUUCUAUAAACCAAUAGGCCCACCCCAAAUGGACCGGCGAACAGUCUCUGUAACAAAACCCGUUGCUGUAUAUGAACAAGCUGCUAAUAAUGAGGUAUCUACUAAAAAUACUGAGAAGCUGUCCUUCACCUCAGAUGACAGCAUUAAUCAGAAUACCUCUGGUGGUUCUACAGGACUGACUCCUUAUGGCGACUCUACAAAGUGUGUUCAGGCCAUCAAGAUCUGGUCAGAUGAUGAUGAGUUCACAAGUGCCAAAGCUGUCCUUACAGUGGUAAAGGAUGAUGAACAGAGUGUAUUAGAUCAGUUCUCAAAAUCAAUCAGUGUUUCUUCUCCUCCAGAAGAACUGGACUCUGGUUUAGAUGAAUUGUCUGUCAGAUCACAGGAUACAACUGUUUUGGAAACUCUUUCCAAUGACUUCAGCAUGGACAAUAUCAGCGACAGUGGUGCCUCUAAUGAAACAAUGAACCCCCUUCAAGAAAAUUCCCUCACCGAUUUCUCCUUGCCCCAGACUCCACAAGCUAACACACCUUCUGAAUGUCAAGAAGUUCCAAAGUCACUUAGUGAGCACGGUUUCUAUUCUCCUUCUUCACCACUAGUCAACUCUGUGCUCACUGAAGAGCAGCUGGAAUAUCAGGCUGAUCUCCUGGUUCAAAGUGCUAUUCAACAAGCCAUCACUGAGCAGGCGAACAAAGUGAAUUAUCAGCAAGCAAAAGAUAUCAUGGGCCAAACUAAUGAGCAGGAACAAGAAGAGCUGAACAGGGCACCAUAUUCUGAGAACCGGCAUGGCUCAACGUUUCAGCCACCUCAAGUGUCAUCUCCUAUGCAAGAGAAACGUGAUACAACACCAAAGACAUCUUCAGCUCAAGAUUCUGCACUCAGGGAAAAGCAACCAUCUCCUGUUGCUUACACCACCCAAGUCGUCAGUGUGGAAGAAGUCAAGCCAGAAGUCAGCUAUUUUAGCAAAUAUUCAGAAGCAGCUGAGCUUAGAAGCACAGCUUCCAUUCUGGCUAUGCAAGAAACAGAGGUGACAGUAGGGCCUUUUAAAUUAAGAUCAAAGAAGCAGAGGACUUUGUCCAUGAUAGAAGAAGAAAUACGUGCAGCCCAGCAGAGAGAGGAGGAAUUAAAAAGACAAAGACAAGAUAUGCAUCUAACACAGAACGCUGUCAUAAAGACUGCGCCUCCACCAUCCACCCGAACUACAUCCUACAAAACUGCACCAGGUAAAAUAGAGAAGAUCAAACCACCUCCAUCUCCAACUGGUGAAGGCCCCCCCUUGCAUCCCAGCUCCGCAUCAGAUGAAUCUGGAGGAUCCCAAAGAGCCAAGAACCUGAUGCAGACCCUUAUGGAAGACUAUGAAAGUCACAAAACCAAAAGGCGGGAGAGGAUGGAUGAGAACAGCGUCCUUGAGGCUACUAGAGUUAAUCGUCGGAAGAGUGCGCUAGCAUUGCGGUGGGAAGCUGGCAUAUAUGCUAACCAGGAAGAAAAUGAAUAGACUCUCUGGCAAAAUCUCAGAACUUUUUUUUUUUUUUCAUUGCAGAGACCAGGAUACCAAAUAAGAGGGGAGGGGAAAGCUUUAAUUUUUUUAAAAAGGCUACAGCAUUUUAAUCUGGUAUUUAUUACAAACAUACAAGUCUCUGCAAUACAUACUAGAGAGCAGGAUCCGUUCAUAUAUAUUACAGGCAUAAACACAACGCAGACAUGCUUUCCCCUCUGAAGCAACUGAAGAAGCAGACAAUAGUCAUGGAGUCGUCAUCAUCUCUACUUAGAAGAAAGUGCAGCAUUGAUCAUUCAGGUGAAUAUAUUUCCGAGUGAAUAGAAGUGAAACAUGGGGUCCUUCACAAUGUCUGCUUCCCUUAUAUUCGGAAUAGGAAGAAUCUGGAUUACAUACCUUUUGACCACAAGAUGGCACUUCUGGAUAUGAACAAUUUCAACUUUCUUCAAGCUUGGGUUUUACAACACAUAAGUGGCAUUUCUAAGGGGUCUAUUAUUCUGUUAUAUCCUAGGUAUAACAUAGUGAGGGGGUGGGGGAAAACAUUUGAUUUUUGCUAUUUUGAAAGAAUCUGGUGAGGCUCUUGGAGACUACGUAACUGUUUCUUUUUAAAGAGGCUGUUAAUUUGCAAAUGUGAAUGUACAAUCCAUAUAUUUAGCCAUAAAUGCAAUAUAUUGUUUUUACUAAUACUUUGGAAAGUAUGGAGAGAUGGCAGAUGGUUUAUUUUUUCUUGUAUGUGUUCUUGGGUGUUGUUGCAAACUUGCCAUCCUGGAGUUGUUGGGGUUUUUUUUUUUCAUAAUCAGUAUGCUUCAUACAAUUCCUUUAAUAUUGCUGCACAUUCUAUAGAUAAGUUAGAAGAUAUAGAAAGAAAUGCCAAACCAGAAUAUCUUAAUUCUAGUGGCUUGUAUGCUUGCAGUUAUGAGGUUGGCCUCAAUGUGUAUUUGUAUUAUCAUUUGUGCUUAAUAGGCUACAAGUAUUAGAUACCAAAAGAGGGAAUAUAUAAUAAAAUCAGUAAGGAACAAUCACACUGAGGUAGAAAGGUAAUCAGAAGUUUGAAAAUGUUUCGAGUAUUUUUUACUAAAGCAAUAAUUGAUAUUCAGCAGAUUGAUAAAUAGAAAAAUAUGAAAGAAAAAUAGUUAUAUCUUUAACUAUAUUUAUACUAUAUAAAUGUCUUACCUUAGUAUUAUUACAGCAUGAGGAGGAAUGUUUUGCAUUUCCAGAAAAUGAAAGUUGUAGAAGGUAGUAGAGAGAGAGAGGAGUCAGAGACAAAGAUUGGGGCCAAAGGAUUAUUUUUGCUGUUCCAAUUGUGUUUUCAAAACUAAAAAUAAUGGAGCAUCUUUAGUUCAAGUGUAGAUUGCGAACUCUCAACAAAGGAAUAGGAGAUGUGUGUGCAUAAUUUCUGUAUGUGUAAAUUGGAAAAACAGGAUCGUAGAGAUUUGGUUGUACAGAUUAUUUUCUCCGAAGCUGUUUGUCAGCUCUAGGGGUAUAAACAUUUCUUUUUUUUUCUUUUCUUUUUUAUGAAAAGGGAUCUAAUAUGGCACUAAGCCGCUGCAGUAUUUGUAAUAACAAAGCUGACCCAGUAUGGUAUUUGCAUGAGUUACUAUUUCAAAACAUAUUGAACAGUUUUAUAAUCUGAUAUUUAGAAAAGAAAAAUGGUAUUUAUUCUUGCCAGAGUAUUAAGAGCUGCCAGAAUAUUCUUUGAUCAGGGAAUGCAGUGGAGUAUUGGAAAUCCAUAAUUUCUAAACUAGAGUAGAUAAUAUUUUGGGCAAUGGAAAGAAUGUUAUAUGAAUCUUAAAAAUAAAAUUACCAUUGCCUAUUUUUAAAGGAAAAACCAACAAGCAGUCAUGUAUACAUUUUACUUUCCAGAUGUUUCAUAUUGUGAGCAGAAUUUUUGUAUAUUUCUGGUAUUUGAAUUUAAAAGACAAGGAACAUAUUUACAUUUUUACCAACUAUUAAUGGUAUAUAUAAAUUAGGGUUAUCACACAGCCUUGGAGAGAACCUUGUCUUUGUGGAACACACCAAAACAAAAUGUAGAAAGGUUGAGAGAUCAAGUGAUCUUGCUUAUAUGUACCACAAUCUUCAGAAUUUCUAAUCCAAAUCUCCCAGCCAUGUGUUUUGAUCUUUUAUGGCCAGCAAUAACAUUUGGACUUGCAUGUAUGUAAUAAUUGCUUUAAUCUGCCAUAGCUGCAACAGUAGAGAUUUUUAUUUGCAUGCAUAUCUUCCAUUGCUGGCUUACAAACCAAGUUAGCAUCUUACUCAAUUUACUGUAAAUCCAUAAGCAGAUGUAACAGAUCUACGGUGGUAUCUGCAGAUUUUAUAACCCCAAAUUACAAUUCUACAGUUGGAAUAUGUUUUACAUAAAUAAUUCCCAAUAGUUUGAUUCUUUUUAAAAAUUUCCAAAAGUUUGGGAUGCAAUCUGGCCAGAUUCUGGCAUUCUCAUUGAUUUCCAUAGGAGCACUUGGGAUUUAAAUGAAUUUAUCCGUCUUAUUUGCUAAGCAAAUUCAGAGUUUUUAAUGAAGCAUAGGAAAGAAUAAUUCAAGGCAUAUAUGUGAGUUGAAAUAGGUAUGUGGAGAAAAGCGGUGGGCACAGUAACCAAGAAAACGAAAGAGUAGAAGGCUGUCCAAAUCAGAACAAUGGCCACCAACGACCCAUUCAUAUCUUCAGUAUUUUAUUUUCAAGCCUUGAACACAAACUGUCUAUACAAUCGAGCUGAUUUGUAUGUGUGUGUAUGUGUUUUAACUCCUGAAGUAUGUAUUCUUUACAAUGAGGUGAACAUUCUCAGGUUUAUGAAGAAUUAUUUGUCCUAGACAUGCAAUAUGCUCUGUUAAGAUCAAAAACAUAUGAGGAGAAUAAACAUAACCACCUCUACUUCAUUACAACUCUUUUGCAAAAGUGUGGGUUUAUAGUGGAAAAA